UCGAAAUGGAAACAAAAUAAAAUGUUAUUGAAAAAAAUUUUAAGUUAAUUACAAGUUUUAAUAAUUGAGCACUAUUGGAUUAAAACUAAAAGAAGACAAUUGUCAAAAUGAUAAAUGAAAGUUUAAUAUUUUGUGUCGGAUUAGUUAUAUUCGCAGCUAUUUUAUUUCUAUUGAUUUACUAUAUUUUAACAUUUGCUGACUUAGAAUGUGAUUAUUUAAAUGUUCGUGAAUGCUGCAACCGUUUGAAUUUUUGGGUUAUACCAAAAUUUGGAGUUCAUGCAAUACUUUGUGUUUUACUAUUACUAGGUGGACACUGGAUAAUAUUCGGUUUGAAUGCUCCAAUGGUCAUAUGGCUGGGAUUAGAGCUAUACAAAAGACCACGAGAUAGCCUUGGAGUCUAUGAUCCAGUUGAUAUUCAUAGUAGAGGUUUACUCAAAAUAUAUUUACGAAACUGUUUGAUAUAUUUGGGAUAUUAUUUCAUAAUGUUUUUCAUAUUUUUGUAUUGUUUUAUAUCGUCUCUGUUGAAAGGAGACCCAAUCAGAAGACAUGAAAAUGAUGAAAUUGUGACAGAAUUUUAAAACUUCAUAUUUUUACUGUUUUUUUUUUUUAAUUCAGGUGCUAAAUGAAGGCAUUUCUUCCUUAUGGAUACGGUUUCGUUUUUUUUUUAUUUUGUUUUUUGGUAGAUUCCUACCUAUUUGUAAAUAAUUGUGUUUAUAAAAUAUCUCAAGUGUUUUAUUAUUUCAAUUUUUUAGAUAUUAACUUAAAAAUUCGAAAUCGUACACAUCCUAAAUUUAAUUGAUAUCUCAAAUAAAUUAUUGUAAAAUACCGAUUUUAUACUAUGUAUACAACAUCAAAUUUAUAAUGAAAAAAUAUGACAAAAUACAAAUAGAAAAUGCUCAAAAAACUCUAUUUAUAUAUUUUAAAUUAAGAAUAAUGAAAAAUUAAUGUAA